ACUAAACAAAAUUGAUAUGGAUCGAAGUGUGGACUCAAUUGGUAGCUGCUCACUCGAUGUAGACGCUGAUUCAACAGAUGUAUCAGAUACAAGUGGAAGCCUGAAUUUUCCAACACCGAUUUCUGUUAAAGACAUUACUAGAGAAUUCACGACAAAUAUACGAGAUCGCUGUUCUGUUCAGAGAUCCCCUGAAAUGAAUGAAAAUUGUGCAGGACUUGGGUCGAAGAUGGUGUUGAAGCAGCCUCUUGGAAAUGCCAACCCAACAAGUGCCUUAUAUAACUCGUCAAACUCGAAUUCGAAUAAAUUCCUAAAUUUAUCUGAUACCAGUCCUGAUAAAAAGCCCAGUUACCUGAAUCUAGCUUGCUGCGUGAACGGAUAUUCAAAUCUUACAACAUAUGAUUCUAAAAUACGACAGGAUAUAAAUAAAUCACGCGAGGUAUCUCCUAUUCGCCCAUCAUCAAAUAGUAUUCAGUAUUGUAAAAAAAACAAUUCUUUGGCACCACCAAUUCUUCUACAAUUGGAUGAUGGAAGGGGUGAUGUAUCAAACCGGAAAAUACCUGCUUUGAACGGCCAGUAUAAUAUUAACAGAUCAGACACCAAUGAAUGCGAGCGCUGUGAUUCGCCAUGGCUGGAAGAUCGUCGCAAUACUAGUUUUAUUCAGCAGAGGGUAGAACGUUUGUAUGGACCCGCAGCGUUAGCACAGGGUUUUUACAGUCCCAAAAAAGUACGCAGCAGCACAUUCGCGUCUCGGGAAGAUGAUAGUUCGUCAGAAUUAGCUCGUAAAUUUCAACAACUUACUCCAAGUAAAGAUUAUACUGAAUUUAGAAAAAAAUUAAGUGCAUCUACAUCUCCACGGCAAAUUCCUUCAUCAACUGACAUCUCAACUGUCAACAACAAUACCGUUGAUUUGCCUGUACUACGUCAUCUAAGCCAAGAGUUUCGAGCUCAGUUACCUAUCAUUUCGCCCAAAAAAAGUCAGUGCAGAAAUUCUCCUCAUAAAACUUCCGAAAAUGAAGCUUUAUUACAUUCUAGUAAGGUUGAAUCAUUAAUAGAUGAAGUUGACCGCAAAGAAACUCCAAGAUCCAUACAUCAAAUAAGCAGCAUACCUUCAUCAAACGGUGUUAAUAUGGAAAUCGAAGUUUUGUUGAAACCAAAAAAAACUGAAUCGAUUAUAGCGAAUGCUGAAAAAGAUGGAACUUACUUUCUUAAUUUGUUGGGCAUUGAACAAAGUCGCCUUUUAGCUUUAGCUAAUAAAGCGGAACAAUAUGCUGAAGAACUAUCGGACAAUCCCAAUGUUUCAGAUGAUACUUUAGGCUUCUUGCGUUCAGCUUACGGCAAAGCUCGACUAUUGGUGUCACAAAAAAUGAAGCAAUUUGAAGGUCUUUGUCAUAAUAACCUGAAUUCAUCGCCCGAAGACAAAUUUCCUACAACAGCGGAUGAUCUACAAGGAUUCUGGGACAUGGUGAAUUUGCAGGUCGAUCACAUAGAUUCUAUAUUCGAUGAAAUCGAUGUAUUACAAAGAAACAAUUGGAAGAAACCGAUGGAAGUCGUACCACAAGAGUCGAAUAAGUCAUCUAAAACUCAACAAAAAUCGAUUAAGACUGUGAACCAAAAGGCAAAGCCAAGCUCGUCCAACGGAAGUGAAAUGAAAUCAAAUGUAGUUUUGUCUGCCGCAGCUUUAAAACGAGAAUCUCAAAGGAAAAUGUUGCAAGAAAUCAAGCGUAAAAAUAAAAUUGCGUUGUCAGCGAAAUCAACUACCUCGGAUCCGAUUUCCGUAGAACCGAAUGUGGAAAAUUCAGAAACCGUUGCGAUAUUUGUCAAAAACAACAAAUGAACUCUUGUGAGUGAAUUAGGUGUUCUUACUGAUCCUUAACUAGUCCUCCAACGAAA